UUUGUGUGUGUGUGGUGCAGUCAUUUUUAUUUCUUUUUCCCAGAAAAUGCCUGGUCUGCGACUCUGCCAAAAACCGCUUGCAAUGGAAUGCAGGGAUAUCAGCUCUAAACAGCUGUACUCCAAACAAAAUCCACACGGCUUGAAGCUUAACGUCGCUUGCCAAAAUAACGUGAUCAAAUGUGUGGACAGGCAGCAAAGAGGAGGUCCAGUCUGUCCCGAUUUUGAAGUGCGCUUCCAGUGUAUCGUUGCACAUGAACUCCAGUGCUCCAAUCCUAUGGUCCAGAGCCAUUGUGAGAAACAAAACCGAGAGUGUCAGGACAAAGUGUACGGGCCGCAGUGUGUGGCUGUACGGCCAGUGAAGACGGGCAAGGAGGUCAUUGGUAUUGGUACAUGUACUCAGGACGGCGUCAAGUACGGUACGGUCUUAUGUUCUGUUCUGAUUUGCAAUUAGUAUAAAUAACACCUUUAAUUUAGUUCCUUUUUUGUUUUGGCUGUUGUUUCAAUCGCU